AGACUGCGCAGUUGAAUCACCGUCUGACUGCGUUCACUUGUUAUGGAGGAUACGAGAUUUCUUUCCUUAUGACACAUGCGUGUGUUAUGAGGCAUUAGGUGAGUACGAAGAGACUUUUUGGAAUAAUAGUUCAAGGAAAGGAUCCUGGAAGUUAGAAAAAGGUUCCACUGAAGAAUGUAAUCAGUUUCGCGAACUCGUAUGGAAUCAUCCAUGUGAGCGUAAAAUGAAAGAUGCCGACCUUGGCACCCGUGACGUGAUUGGAAAGGCAACAUGCGAUUCGGCUCUCAACGAAGUCUGUCUGCGGCACGUCUCCUGUCGACAGUUGGAAGUUUCGGCGAAUGAGAUCUCGCGGUCAGGUCAAUUUUCAUCAGCUGGUGCCAGUCGUAGUCAGCAGAGUCAGGCUCAGGCUGUGGCACCAACCAGAGCACCGCCACCACGGCCCGCAACUACUAGGCAACCAAUUGCUACGACUACUACCGCCCUGACAACUAGGAAACCACCCAGGACGGAAAGUAUGCGAACGACUCCUCGUCCAGUGACCACGUCAUGGGAUCGAGGACGACAUCAGCAACAACAGAGCUAUGCCAGGACCACUACUGCUAUGCCCAGCUGGCAGCAAACGACACCUGCAGUGGCUGUCUAUCAUUCGAAUCAACAACGACAUGUCGUUCCACAAACACAGGGUAUGCUAUUUUUCAAACUUCAUUGA